CGCCGCCUUGGCUCGAGGAGCUGGCCGAUUCCCCGCGCCGUUUCGCCGGCAGCUCUCGCCGCCAUGCUGCGUCUUUUGAUCGUAGCGAGCGGCCUGAUGGCCGCCUGGUCUCAAGGAGACGAGGUCUGCGACGCCAAGACCGGUGUCUGCGAGGGGCCUGGCAAGCCUCACAAGGGCGUCCUGGUAAACACGUACGUCACAGAUGCCGCCAAGAGAGCCUCCCUCGAAAAAGAAGUUGCGGCCGUCAUGGAGCUGUCGGAGCGGCAGGCAUGCGAUGUCGCCCUGCUGAUCACGGGUGGCUUCUCGCCGCUGACAGGCUUCAUGAGCGAGGCCGACUAUAAAGGCGUUGUUAGCGACAUGAAGACGACUGCGGGCGUGCUGUUUGGUAUGCCGGUCGUGCUGGACGUCCCGGAUACUACCUACAAGGGCAAGAAGGUUUUGCUCAAGUACAAGGGAACCGGAAUGGCGGUGAUGGACGUCGCGGACGUGUACAAGCCCAACAAGGUAAAGGAGGCCGCGGAGUGCUACGGGACCAGCUCCACAGAGCACCCGACCGUGCAGGAGCUCUUCGAGACCCUCGGCAAGUACUACGCCGCUGGAGAGGUCUACGGGCUGAUCGAGGACUUCGAGGGUAUCUGGGGCCCCGGCUUCAAAAGCCCCGCGGCCGUACGGGCGACUUUGCCGGCGGGGAAGCCCGUGGUGGCCUUCCAGAACCGCAACCCGGUCCACAAGGCUCAUUUCGAGCUCCUCGUGGCCGCGCAGGAGGACGUCAAGGAUUCCGUGCUGUUUGUGCACCCGACGUGCGGGCCCACGCAGCCGGGAGACAUCGACGGCGCUGCCCGGAUCAAGACUUAUGAGGUGAUGCAGGAUGAGCCUUUCUACAAGAAGUGGGCGGGGGACAAGUGGCGGUGGUCGUAUCUGCCCUACUCGAUGAAGAUGGCAGGGCCCCGCGAGGCGAUCCAGCACAUGAUCAUCCGCAAGAAUUUCGGCGCAACCCACUUCAUCAUCGGCCGUGACAUGGCGGGCACCAAGAGCACCCUGACGUCCAAAGAUUUCUACGGGGCGUUCGAUGCCCAGGAGAAUGGCAAGAAGCAUGAGGGCGAGCUCUUCAUGAAGGUGGUGAGCUACGAGAACAUGGUUUACGUUGGCGAGGAGCACGGCAAUGCGCGUGGCUACGCCACGGAGUCCGCGGCCAAGGCCAGCAACCUCAAGAUCGCAAAGCUCUCUGGGACCGAGUUUCGCAAGCGCCUGCGAUCGGGCGACGAAAUCCCCGAGUGGUUCGCGUUUCCCGCCGUGGUGAAGGUGCUCAGGGAGGGCGGGGACGCCAUCUUCCUGUGA